UGACGGCAAGGCGGCGAUGGCGGCUCGCAGUUUCAUUCCGGAUUUCCACUGGACUACAAACUGAUUUUAACCGGCCCGGUUAGACUUUGGGGAACUUUUGCAAUACUGUCUCCAUUCGGACGCCGCACAGACUCAAGUCGCGUUGAAGUGGUGCCUGUCAAGGAAGGACCCCACAGCAUUUUUGUGGUCUAUUUUUCUCUAAGGUUCAAGGUGGUCACCCUGUCGAGCUAGCGGUAGCUCGGUGGCUACGAGCUAACGGUAGUUGGUAUACAUACGGCUAGCUCCUGAGCUAGCUUGUCAACGAGCUGCGUGCUAAGGUCCACACAGCAGCAGUCGUCAUUCUCCGGCUUUUCUUUCGACCACCUCAUCGUUUGCUUGUCACCGUUACAAUGCGAAGUUACCCUGUUUGAUGCUAAUUGUGCCGCAAUUGUGCAGAGCGAGGUACUCACACGUUUGCUUGGCCUCUCCAAUAAUUAAGAGUUGCUAGUUUGGCGGCUGUGGCUAGACACCAGAAUUUUGACUCUGUGGUAAGCAAGUCCUUUCAGUAAUUACCCCUUCCCAGCAACUUGGUGAAAACCGCGUUGCCUAGUUAUUAACAUGCUGAAGACCCGGCAGUGUUUACUUGGCAUCCGCACUUUUCUCGGCGUAACGUCCAGAAUAUGGGGCUUCAUCAUGUACAUCCUCAGGAAGCACCUACGAACGAUAAUCCAGUAUCAGACGGUGCGAUACGACACUUUGCCUCUGUCCCCCAUCUCCAGAAACAGGCUCAAUGCAGUAAAGAGGAAGAUUCUGGUUCUGGACCUAGAUGAGACCCUGAUCCACUCUCAUCAUGACGGGGUCCUGAGGCCUACAGUGAGACCUGGCACACCGCCAGACUUCAUCCUCAAAGUCGUCAUUGAUAAGCACCCAGUCAGGUUCUUCGUACAUAAAAGGCCACAUGUUGACUUCUUUUUAGAAGUGGUGAGCCAGUGGUACGAGCUGGUGGUUUUCACAGCCAGUAUGGAGAUCUACGGCUCGGCAGUGGCAGAUAAACUGGAUAACAACAGGAACAUUCUGAAACGAAGAUACUACAGACAGCACUGUACAUUGGAUCUAGGUAGUUAUAUUAAAGACUUGUCUGUAGUACACGAUGACCUGUCUAGUAUUGUUAUCCUGGACAACUCGCCUGGUGCUUAUCGAAGCCAUCCAGACAAUGCAAUACCCAUCAAGUCCUGGUUCAGCGACCCUAGUGAUACAGCACUUCUUAACUUGCUGCCUAUGCUGGAUGCACUAAGGUUCACUGCUGAUGUCCGCUCCGUCCUCAGUCGAAACCUCCACCAGCACCGGCUCUGGUGAUUGGCUGAAUUGAGAGGGAUCGGGCUUGUUGACCAGCCUCUUCUCUCCGCCGGCUUCCACCCUGCCCUCCAUUCCCACGUAGACGACCCACCAGCCCUCUCCGAGCCCCUCAGCCGCAUCCUGAGGAGACGGGGGCUGGGGUGACCGCCUAACACAGGAUGAACAGUAUGGGAUCAACAGAACCCACGAACUACUGGGGAGGGAGGGGGAGCCAGCUUUUUUUUUUUUUUUUUUUUUCCCCCCCCUUGUUGUUGUUUUUUUCUCUUGGUUCUUUAUUUGUACUUUUUUUUUUUUUUUUUUUUUUUUUUUUCUUCUCCAAAACAAAGAGGAGCCUCUCUGCCUUAUCGCUCCUGAUACUGACUGUGUGCAUAUGGAGUCGGAGUACGCUUGCUGAGUUAGUCCUUUUUAAAAAAUUUUGAAGAUAAAGUUGGGAGAUAGAGGAGGAUCGGCAAUGCAACAAAGACUGUUUUUGUUUUUUUUCUCUUUCUUCUUCAUCAUCAACACAUACUGCACUUCAGCAAACUGAUCAGUUUACUGUCUUAACCUCUUGGAGCAACUGAGUAGGGGGAAAAUAGAAAACUACCCCCUUGUUUUUUUCUUCUUUUUUUUUUUUUUAGAUCACCAUCAUACCCCAAGCGGUGAGUCAUCGAUUCCCAAGGUACUUUUUAUUUUUUUCUCCCCCAGCAAGAUUGGAUCAAUUUAAAUUAUGUAACUGAUGGACCCUUGCUUGCAACAUACCACCCACAGGCAUUUUUUUUCUGGACAAAUAGCCAAGAAGUCUAAGUUUCUUUCCUUUGUUUUUGUUUUUUCUUUUACCCUCAGCCAUAACAAACAACUGUUUCCCCCAAACUUCUUCAUGGGACUCUGUGAUAAACACUUUAAAGUUGUGAGGAAAAAAAAAAAGAAUGGCUUGUAAUGAUACAUGGACUGCCGUGCCGCCUUUCCAUAUCUGAUUGUUUCUCUGUUACCAUGAUAUCUGCUAAUAUGACUUCUGAAUACCACAACAAUUUCCUCUCCUCCUUUUUUUUUUUUUUUUUUUUUUUAAAUACUAUUUGAUGCCAUCCUGGUUUCAUUUAAUAGGAAUUGCACUUAAUCUCCUGUUUUUGUUUUUUUUGUUUUGUUUUUUUUGCAGUUUGUUUGUUAGUUGAUUCAAACUUGCAGCCUUCCCAUCCCUUUGCAUUUUUUAUUUUAUUUUUUUUACCCAUUCCCCUUUUUAUUGUAUCAGUUCAACUAUUAGACGCUCCAUCUUUAAAUGCCUUCUGAACAAUGUCAGUCUUGUCAAGGCUCACAGCGGCUUCUUAUUGGCUCUGUCUCCAGGUCUGUGUUACUAAUAAAACACUUGUCAGUAUCGACCA